AUGGAAUCCAGUCGAUCUACAGCCUCGGAUACACCGCUCAUAGCCCCCUUACCAUCACCAAAGCGGAAGCGCAAUGUUCCUCCAACACCGCCGCCAUCCUCUUCGGCGAAGGAGAAAAUGCGACUCGAGACCGACGUCAAGAUAUCUACAGUUGGUGUUGAUAAUGGCCUAGCGGGAAGUCCGCGGACGAAGGUCGCGUGUGACCUUCAGGGCAUGCAGCUUGAAGAUAGCAUUGUAUCCAAGCUAGAGCUACGGCCUAUGUAUUGUCCAGCGAUUCGGAAUAGGCACCAGGCUGUGUACGAGGACGGAAUCGAUGAGGAUGAGGCCCUAAGCAGGAAACGUUCCAAGGUGUACGAGAUCCCCACAACGCCUGAGACGCGAAUAAUCAAAGCUUCGCCAAAGCUGAAGGAAAGGACGGCAGUCGCCAUAGCCUUUGGGUCCCCUACGGCACAGGAUCCACAUAUACCUGAACAGCCAACCGAAGUGGCGCUGGGUGAGGAUAUUGACCACCAUAUCGUAUUCAAAUCAGGUAGCUCGCUAGGAAAAUUAAAGGGAAGCGGGCUUGGGAGGGCAUACCCAGGUAUCAGCCAGCUACCGGACUCAAAUUCAAGAGGCAGGAAGCGUGCAGGUACACCGCCGCUCGCCACCUCGUCGGCAUCCAGCUCCCCUGGGGGCGGAGGGAAUAGGAUUAUUGAUCCCGAACGCGCAGCCCUAACCUGGCAUGACGACGAAAUCACUGGGCACAAUACAUCUGAUCCAGAAGACGAUGGGGAGGGUAUUAAUGGGAUCGGAUUUAAACCCACCCCAGCGGAAGCGUAUGCCCGGGCCCAGAAGAGACAGUUGCAGAUGGCAGAGUACAAAAGUCGCGAGGCGCGGGAAGCGCGAGCGAAGAGAAGUCAGAGGCGCAAGGGGAGCGACAGGAUGGAACAAGUUGAGCGAGAACAACAGAGACAAGUGAGGUUCCUAGAUGUGGAGCAGAGUAGCGUGAUAUCUAUCAAUUGA